GAAGUUAUAAAUCCAAAAGAUAUAAACCUCAAUCAACAGGAGUUAAUCAAUGAGCUAGGUACAUUAAACGAAAUACUCAAAGAACAGAUAGAUGUGCUAUCUGAAAAAAACGAGACUAUCCAAAUUGAAUUAGACGAGAAAGCGAGGUUAUAUGGACAAGUUCAAGACCAGCUGGAUGAAUGCCGAGAGGAAUGCUACCAAAUAAGAGAAUCUUUGGAAGGGACUCAUGAAGAUAUUACAGAAGGUGAGUUCACAUAUGACGAGUUAAAGCAGAAAUUGCGCAUCUUAGGAUUAACUCAUAUUGCAUGGCGAGCUCACAAUUUAAGACAGGCUCAAAUCUUAAACGUGGAAUUUAAUAUAGCGAGGAUCACUUGGAGGAAUUAA